AUGGUGUUUGGUGAUGUUCCUCCUCUACCUACAUGUACGGAAUCAUAUGCCUUCCAGGUGGCUGGUCAUUCUCGAGAAAAUGCAAGUAGUUUCGAAAUACUUCGAGAUAAAUCUAAACCAGUCAUUUACAAGUCAUUACAAGAUCGUGAAAGAGGUAUGCGUGAAGUGAUGUUUUACCAAAGUGUGUUUUCUGCGGAUGCUUCGGAAGCACUCAAACGUCUUCGUCAAUUUAUUCCAACUUAUUAUGGAGUUUUUCAAUGUCCAGGAACUAAAGCUUACUAUAUGGCUUUAACUGAUCUGGUGGCCGAUUUCAAACAACCAAAUAUAUGUGAUUUCAAAAUGGGUACGGUCACUUAUUUUCCAGGUUCUUCACCAGAUAAAAUCUCCCGUGAACAGGUUAAAUAUAUGUGGCGUCGUAAACUAGGGUUUGCUUUAUCUGGUAUGCAGAUAUCUGAUACAAAAAAUCAUUGUUUAAUUAAGUUUCCUAAAGCAUUUGGACGUACUUUAUCUCCAGAACAAGUUUAUUCAAUUGGUAUAAAAUCAUUUCUAGGUGCAGAUCCUACCUAUUGUGUUAAACUUGCUCAAAAUUAUAUCAUACAACUUGGUCGUAUUUUAAAUUGGUAUGUCGAAUAUGGUGCAAGAGAGCUCACAUUCUGUCGUUCUUCAAUUUUAUUGAUUCACGAGUCAUUACCAAGUAAUAAUUAUAAUAAUAAUGAACAUUGUCCUUCCAAAUCAUGUUUUGCAUCAUCAUCAGCACCCACCACCACUGUCAUUAAAAAUAACAACAACACACAUCAUACUUCAUGUACAACAAGAAAUCCAACUGUGAAAACUUCAACGAUAUUGAAUAAUCAAUUCGUCAAUAACUUUAAUAAUAUUCCUUCUAUUCAUGAAAUCAAUACUAAUAACGGUAACAAUAAUGAUACUCCUAAUAUUACUGCUACUACUACUAGUACUUCAACCGUACAUGCUCAAGUUUAUUUAAUUGAUUUUGCACAUUGGUCUAAGAAAAAUUACUCUACUCAAUGUAAUAAUAAUAAUAAUAAUAUUGAAUAUAAUAAAAAUUAUUGGACAUGUGAAUUAACUAAUGGUUUUCGUUAUGGAUUAGAAAAUUUAAUUCAAUUAAUGCAUUGUGUUGUCAAUAAAGAAAGUGCAAUUUGUAUAAAUUAA